ACGUAAGCCCAGCCCAUGAAACCCUCACGGGCCAGAUCCGGUAAUUAUGGUUCCACUUGACCGUCCUCUCGAUCCCGGCAUCGCCAUUCGCCUCUGUCUCCGGUCACCAACCGACGAGAUGGCCGAGAUUGAGAUAAAGACAGCUCCUGCUGACUUCCGCUUCCCUACAACGAACCAAACUAGGCAUUGUUUUACACGCUAUGUUGAGUACCACAGAUGUGUGAAUGCCAAAGGGGAGGCUGCUUCUGAUUGUGAGAAAUUUGCCAAGUACUACCGCUCUCUUUGCCCAGGAGAAUGGGUUGAAAAGUGGAACGAGCAGAGGGAGAAUGGAACAUUUGCAGGGCCCCUCUAAAUCUUCUGUUCGAGAGUCACCUUGGUCCAGCCUACAGCUUUCAUCAGCUGUGCUGUUCUCUUCUGAUUUGAAUAUAUGCUAUUCUCUUCUUUCCCCCAAGCAGUCGCUGCAAAACAGCUGGUGAUGCUGUGCUUUGUGUUGUACUCAUAAUUUUAAGCAUUGUUACUCGUAAUAUCAUGUUUUUUCAGACCUUAUAAUUUGAGGAUUAUAUGUUCAUAUCC